AUGUGUUUGGCUGUCAAUGCUACAGGUAAUUUUGUUCCACCCAUGUUCAUUUUCUCUAGAGUUAACUAUAAAGUUUUUUUCAUAAGAGGUGGUCCUACUGGUUGCAUUGGUGCCGCUAACAAAUCAGGUUGGAUGCAAGUGGAAGAGUUUAUAAUAUUUAUGAAGCAUUUUGCAAAUCAUGUACGACCUUCGGUUGAUAGAAAGAUACUUGUGUUAUUGGAUAACCAUGAAUCUCAUUUAUUCUUGCCUGUUAUUGAUUUUUGUAGGGAAGUAGGAAUAGUAUUAUUAUCUUUCCCUCCUCACUGCUCGCAUAAACUCCAGCCACUGGAUAGAUCAGUUUAUGGACCGUUCAAAAAGUGUAUAAAUCAAAAUAUGACUGCUUGGAUGCAUAAUAAUCCUGGAAAGAGACUGACUAUAUAUGAUAUACCACAUAUUUCUUCUGGAGCUAUAAUUAGUGCUGCUACUCCCAAAAACAUUACAAAUGGUUUUUCUGUAUCGGGGAUAUGGCCUUUUAACAGAGAUGCAUUUAGCGAAGAUGAGUAUGCGCCAUCAACUGUAACAGAUCUCAUGAUGGAUAUACAGACUCAAACAUCCUCAAAACCAGAAGAAAAUGUAGAAGUUCCUAGUUUUCAGCCAGAAAAAAUAACAUCACUAGAUUUGGAUCAUCAGUCAUCAGAAACAUUAAUAGCACCAGAGCAUAUAAACCCAUACCCAAAAGUACAAUUUCAAGAAAAAGCUUUAAAAAAGGGGGGUAGAAAAAAAAGGGAAGAUAGCAAUACUGACAGACACACCUGA